CACUUCCUGCGCCUUCCCCGCGGCUUCGCUUGGCUUGCUGGGAAUCCUGAGAUGUGAGAUGACGACGAGACGAGCGGUCUAUAAAUAUUGGAGAUUGCGGCAAGCUCACUGCCUCUGUAUCUUACUCCCGUCUCGUCGUCACUCGGCGGUUCAGCCCGCAGGCCACAGAGGCGGACCUGACCUGGCCCUGGCCACCACCGAACGAGCGACUCUUCGAGCAGACGCAUCGGCAGACGAGCAGACGCAUCGCCGCAGCAAGCUUCGAGCGCCAGGCAUGACGCUGGACACCCCGGCCGCCGUGGUCCUGGAGCUGAUGACCAUGGGGCAGCAGUCCGCGGCGCACCUCGGGGACCUGCUCCGGGCCGCGUCCCCUGCUGCAGCGUCUCCGCACCAGGAGCUCGCGGCCGAGAUCCUCCGCUGCUGCGGCCGCGUCAUCGACGCGCUCAGGGCCGCCGCCGCCGCCAGCGGGCACAAGAGGAAGGCGGCGGCGGAGUACCAGGACGCAGCAGCAGGGGGAGGCGCCUCGCCUCCUCCUCCUCCUCCUCCUCCGGGGCCGCCACUAAAGAGAAGGGCGCGCGGCGGAGAGGCGACCAGGGAAGUGACCAGCGGCACGACGGUGGACGGCUUCAUCUGGAGGAAGUACGGGCAGAAGGACAUCAACGGCCACAAGCACCCGAGGCUCUACUACCGCUGCGCGCACAAGGACCAGGGGUGCGACGCGACCCGGCGGGUGCAGCGGACGCGGGAGCAGCCCGCGGCGUACGAGAUCGCCUACUACGGGGACCACACGUGCAGGGGCGCGGCCACCGCCUGGCAGCAGGGAGCGCCGGCGCCCGCCGUCGUCGACUUCGGCUCCAACUCCUGGGGAUCCGCGGACACCACCAGCGGAGGCUCGCCGGCCUCGGUGCCGCUGGGAGGGUGGUGGUCCCCGUCGGCGUCGUCCGAGGUCGGGUUCGAGGCGCAUGCGGCCGCGCACGAGUGGCGCGACACGGCUGCGGCUGCUCCUGAUCCGGUAAUGGAGUUCCUGGACGGCGCCUUCGGCUGGGAAUCCGUCCUCGAGGACCGCUUUGACUUGGGCGGUCUACAUGGCAUCGCUACGUUUCAGUAGAUUGUUAGCAGAGCAGCAGUAGAUCUGGACAUGUGUUGUCGCCAUCGCUGUAGUACGUGAGAACAGUUAGGCCGACCGUGCAGUUAAUGAGUGACAACCCCCGACCCCGACCUAGGAGGGUCUCAACAAGAUGCCGUAGAUCACACUAGUAAUAGUAUUACUAUCAUGUUUCAGGCAGAUGCCAGAGGGAUCAGAACAAAACAAAGGUAUCGCGUUCUAAAAAUGAGGAAUGUGUUUUUUAUUUUUUGGAAGAAAAAAAAAACUUCAGUACUUUCUUCCCCAUUAGAAAAUGGAGCGGAGCAAAGGAACAAGGUGACGUACUUUCUUCCCUAUUAUGUACUUUAGCAGGUCGCCUAAAAUAUUACCCUCUCCGUUAUUUUC